AUGGAUUGCGAAAACAAUCUUAUUGCAGAUGACCGGGACCAAUCAGAAACCAAGAGAAAAGUUGAGAUUGUAACACCAACCAAACAGACUGUUGUUGAAGACAAAACCCAAGAGGAAGAACAAGAUCAAACAGUGCAAGAACAAGAUGAAGAUCAUGAUGAGAGUGAAAAGAAGACAACCCAAGAAGCACAAAAAACCAAGAAGAACAAGAAAGCCCAAGAAAUGGAAGAGAGUGAGAAGAAAAAGAGAAAGAGAGGGGGAAGAAAAAGGGGUACUAGUGGUGAAGUGUACAACUAUAAGAGGUAUGUGUAUAGGGUGAUGAAACAGGUACAUCCUGAUAUGGGUAUAUCCUCCAAGGCUAUGACUAUUAUCAACAAUUUCAUGACAGACAUGUUUGAGAGGCUGGCAGAGGAGGCCGCCAGGCUGUCCAAAUACACGGACAGGAGGAGGCCGCCAGGCUGUCCAAAUACACGGACAGGAUGA